AGGACUCGGUAUGAUUGUAGAGCUCGGGCUCAGGGAGUGGAGGGCGCCGCGGUGAGACCGCUGCUGUAUAGUUGAUAGACUGGGCGGGGCUGGGACGCAGGCGGGACCCGUGGGGACGCGAGCCCGGGCGCCUAGAUGCCCAGACAGAGGCGACCGCGGGCUCGUCUUGGCCACGACCUCUCUGAACCCUUGGGCCUGUGCACCCUGGCCAUCUGCCCUUGGUCCCCAGCCGGCCAUGCCCUCACCCGCGCCUCCCACCGAGUUGCUGCCGUGGGAGCGCGCGGUGGUGCUGCUGUCGUGUGCACUGUCAGCUCUGGGAUCGGGCCUCCUGGUGGCCACGCACGCCCUGUGGCCUGACCUGCGUAGCCGGGCGCGGCGCCUGCUACUCUUCCUAUCGCUAGCAGACCUCCUCUCGGCUGCCUCGUACUUCUACGGAGUGCUACAGGACUUUGCGGGCACUUCGUGGGAUUGUGUCCUUCAGGGCGCGCUCUCUACUUUCGCCAACACAAGCUCCUUCUUCUGGACGGUGGCCAUCGCCCUCUACUUAUACCUCAGCAUCGUCCGAACUGCGCGCGGGCCCUGCACGGACCACCUAAUCUGGGCUUUUCACCUCAUCAGCUGGGGCGUCCCGUUGGCUAUCACGGUGACAGCCGUCUCUCUAAAGAAGAUAGGCUACGACGCCUCAGAUGUGUCCGUGGGCUGGUGCUGGAUCAACCUGGAGGCUGAAGACCGAGUCCUGUGGAUGCUACUGACUGGGAAGCUGUGGGAGAUGCUGGCUUAUAUCUUGCUACCUCUGCUGUACCUUUUGGUCAGGAAGCACAUCAACAGGGCGCACCAGGCGCUCUCAGAAUACCGGCCCAUCUGUGAGGGGCGCCAGCCGCAGCGAGGGUCCUCCACCUCCACGGCUGAUAAGAAGCUGAUCCUGAUUCCGCUCAUAUUCAUCUGCCUCCGGGUCUGGAGCACCGUGCGCUUCGUCCUGACCCUCUGUGGCUCCCCAGCUGUGCAGACACCGGUGCUGGUUGCUCUGCAUGGCAUUGGAAACACCUUCCAGGGAGGGGCCAACUGCAUCAUGUUCGUCCUCUGCACCCGGGCAGUCCGCACGAGGCUCUUUUCUCUCUGCUGCUGCUGUCCUCGGCCCUCCACCCAGAGCCCUCCCGGGGCUCCUACUCCCCCCAAGAUGGGAGAAUCUCAGGAAUCCAGACGGACCCCAGAAGUGCCCAGCACUUGAACAGUUGGCUUUCCUCACUGUAUGCACGCGAGCACUGCCUUCCUGAUCCUGCCUCAGGAUUCGGGGACCAGGCACACUGGAAGUCUCACCUAGUGAAGCUUGGUGGAGGGACGGCCAUUGGUGUGGACUCCUCUACCUCCCAGACUCACAGGCAGGCAGUGCAUUCCUUGCACACUCAUGUCCCGGUCCAGUGGGGUUUGUUUGUGUAAGCACAAAGACGGGAGACUCCGCUAUGCAGGAUACUGCCAGGACACUGGUUCUCGGUGUCCCCGGCCACCAGCGCUGUUUACAGUUGGAGGGAUCCAUACCUGUGGACCCACCUCAGGCAUAACUGAAUAAUGAACGCCAUCUUGGAUCCCAGACAGCACAGUAUGGAGUCCAGGUUUGCCAGGGUGCUGAGAAUCCUUAGAGACCUGGGGAUAAUUAGCAAUCCUGGUCAGCCCAGGGUAAUAUCCUUAAACUAGGUCGCAAGUCCACUGAAGUCACAGGAGGCUGCCAUCAUUGAUCCAAACCACCCAGGCACACACUCAUGGGCAUCUCACGGAGCCUCUGCGUGGGUCAUCACCCCUCAAUGUUUAUUACAUCUGAAUUUCAGCACAGGCUAGAGUCCAGAGUCCUGUCCAUUAGUCAAUCGCUUAACAGCCACAUUCUCCCAGGACAGAAGACGGCUCAGCUCCAGUCCCUAAGGACAAUUAGCCUGCUGUUCUCACAGAACCCUGUCCCCACGGUGACUCAUACAGGGGUGAGUGGGGAGGGGGUCGGCUCUACACUUGUUUAGGAAAGGUGACCAGAGAGUUAGUGAAUGAAUCUGAUUCCACCCGGAAGGUAAAUGAUUUUGAGAUUCAACCUUGGGCUGGCCUGUAAGCUCAGUGUAGUUUCCAGGUUGGUCCUAGCACCCAAAUUCCUUAAAAGGCCUUUGUGUUUUGUAGUUAUCUGGAAAAAAUAGAAAUAGGAUUUUGAGAUGAUUAUAUUUUAUUAUUUUUUGAGAUGGGUCUCAUGUGGGCAUGCUGGCCUGGAACUUGCUAUGUAGACCAGGCUAGUCUCUAACUCACAGAGAUCCACCUGCCUUUGCCUCCUGAUAAUUACAUUUUAAAAAAAAUGUUUUGUUUUGU